AUGGAAGACGGUGAAUUUGAGUCAAAAUUUCAAUCCGGAGAUAUCCCAUUCGAGUAUGAUCUUAUGUAUACAAUACCAGUCCGAAUUCAGCGUGAAUCACAAUUGCAAUUUGUUUCUAAUGGCUAUUAUAAAAUUUAUUAUGUUCAAUCACUAUCUCAUUUACCACAUAAUAAUCAAUACAUUAACGGAUUUAAACUAAAAGAAGAAAUUCGAUCGAAUAUAGAGAAAUACUGUCCGCGUCCCUUGAAAUCAUUGACAUCCGUUCACGAAGCAUCUAUUUAUAUUCAGUACGACAACGGAUCGGACAAAGAUAUUCUAAACAAAAUUGAAUAUUUUCGUCAAAGCUUGGUCGAUGAUGAACGAAAGCAGCAUGAAGCUCAGAAGAAUCUGAAUUUGUUUUUUCGAUUUUGUUCUGAUAUACUAGAGAAAAAGUGUACUGAAUAUAUAUCCAACUUAUCACAAGACGUUUUUAACAUGCGGAUACAACCAGAUCUCCUCGAAAAACAAUACAAACGUAUGCUACUCCUCAUCCGAGUGCAUCAAGCGUUAUUCUCAUCGUUGAUUGGCAAUUCUUUACCUAAAAAUCUUGCUGAUCGUGUUCGUGCAGUACUCAACUUUUACGAAAACUAUAAACACUUGAUUGUUGAUGACCAUAUGAAGCAAGUUGUUCAAAAAUGUAUUGCUAAAUCCUCACUGGAAGAAUGCGAUAUUGUUAUCGGGCUAAAAUUAGACUUUAUCCCAAGUGCAUCGCAAAGUAGUUUCGAACGUAUCAAACAAAAUCGUCCAAAUUUAUACAAAAAGCUUAAAAGUUAUUUAAAAAAUGUUUAUCUCAUACCAAAAUGUUCAAGUAAAACGGCGCAAGAAGAGAGUGCAUACGAAUUUCGCCUAUCAUUCUCAGUAAUUGAAAGUAAAAUAGCUGAAUUACGUACGAAAAGUGAGAAAAUGUUGAAUGGUAUUGCACGAAGUAUCUAUUAUAAAUAUUUGCAUCGCACAAAACUGUAUGUUAAUGAACAGUAUAUAAAAUCGUAUGUAAUAAAAACUAUUGUACUUUGGCUAUGUGAAAAAGAAACAAAUGAUAUUAACAGGCAAGAUGUCGAAGAUAACGAUGAGAACAAAAGUAACUUUUUAACCAAACUUUUUCUUGAUCAUAUUCUGAAAACAUUAGAACAAAAGCGUUGUCCACAUUAUUUCGACGAACAAACGAAUCUAUUAGAAGAAUAUGAUUUUUCAUUCUUGGAUCGCGUGUACGAAGUACUAGCCAGAUUGAAAAUACCCGAAAAACAUAGCGUCGUUCAAGCACAAAAGGUCCCGUCUAUGUCAUCCAUGAUGCUGGAAUUUGUAAAACAGACACCUGAAAUAGUUGAAGAAUUCAAUGAAUUACAAAUACACUGGUUCUAUAACAGGAGUCAGUUGUACGUUCCUCAAAAAUAUAGCUGGGCCUUGAAUCACACGUUCUGCCAUUUGUAUUAUUGUGAUGCUGAAACGAAUGACUGGCUGAGAAUGAUGAAACGAAUAAUGCUGAUGGAUGCUAAUGAUGCAUAUCAUAACGAUGAUAUUGAUAUUGAAGGAAUUUGCGUAGAGGAUAUUUGUGAUGCAGUAGAACAUCUAAAUUUUACUGUCGUCAAUCAUUGGUCCUUAAUUAAACAGAUCAUGUCGGAUAAUGAUGGUAUGCGCUAUCUAUUCAGUUUGAGACGAUCAUUGCUCACUUAUACGAUAAAUAUAGGAAAUCGUUGGGUUUAUGCACGUUUCGCUAAUAAUAUGAAAACGGCCACGCUAGCGAAAAUAUUAUUGAACGGGCAUGGUACUCAUCUGCCAGACAAGCUAUUCAACUCUGGACCGAUGAACACAACAGGUUGUGUGAAAGAUAUGUAUCUUCUUCAUGUUGAUUUGGAUGGUGAGCAACAUGUGUGUAGUAGACAGCAGGUACUCGAUCAGUUUUGGUUAGAUAACUUUGCACCACAAAUUUCUGAUUUCAUUUAUCUGAUUUGUUGUGGGUAUGCGAAUGCUAAAUUUGUUAUCGGGGAUCGAUCGACAGACGCAAUUACUGUUCAGUCAUGUUUUGGGCGUAUUUCUCGUGCCGUCCGAUUAAUACGCGGUUUCCAGAAAAUGGAUCUUGGGAAUAGAUAA